CGAUCCUCUGACGGACCGUUGCAUUUGCAACAGUUCCCAUUCUCUUCACUUGGUUUUGUACUUUCAAAGACACAGAACAGGACACUGCUUCUCUCUCUGUCUUCUGUCACGUGACAUCUCAAUUAUAAAGAGAGGGGGUAAAGAAAGUGACUAUUUUCACCAAGAACCCAAGACAAAGACACUUAUUUCUUUGGUCCUCUCACUCUUGUAAUAAUAUCUAUCAAUCGAUCUUUAGGAGAUUCAGGCCGCUCUCUCCGUGUUAGAUACUUGUCUGUUUAGAGAGACGGAGAGAGAAAAGAGAGUGUUUUUUUUUUGUUUGUGUUAAUUUGUGUGUGCCCGUCGUUGCAAUAUAGGUAAGAAAGAAAUGCAACAGCACCUGAUGCAGAUGCAGCCCAUGAUGGCAGCCUAUUACCCCAGCAACGUCACUACUGAUCAUAUUCAACAGGUUCUCUCUUCCCUUCUCUUCUCUGCUUCACGCCUUCUCCUUCUCUUUUUAUCUGCCCUUUCUUCCCUGUUUCCAUAUCUGGAUGAAAACAAGUCAUUGAUUUUGAAGAUUGUUGAGAGCCAGAAUUUAGGGAAGCUCAGUGAGUGUGCAGAGAACCAAGCAAGACUACAGCGGAACCUGAUGUACUUGGCUGCAAUUGCUGAUUCUCAGCCCCCGCCACCUACCAUGCAUGCCCAGUUCCCUUCCAGCAGCAUUAUGCAGCCAGGAGCACAUUACAUGCAGCACCAACAAGCUCAACAGAUGACACCACAAGCCCUUAUGGCCGCUCGCUCUUCCAUGCUGCAGUAUGCUCAACAGCCAUUCUCAGCUCUGCAACAACAGCAAGUGCAAGCCUUGCACAGCCAGCUUGGCAUGAGUUCUGGUGGAAGCGCAGGACUUCAUAUGCUGCAAAAUGAGGCCAUCAUGGCAGGAGGCAGUGGAGCACUUGGUGUUGGAGGAUUUCCUGAUUUUGGAAUCGAUGCUGCUGGUAGAGGAAUUGCAAGUGGGAGCAAGCAAGAUAUUCGGAGUGCAGGAUCUAGUGAAGGUCGAGGGGGGAGCUCUGGAGGCCAUGGUGGUGAUGGAGGUGAAACCCUUUACUUGAAAUCUGCAGAUGAUGGGAAUUGAGAUGUAAGAAAUGGUGAACCUACUGGUUUGUCAACAUCUGAACUUAGGAAUGUUUAGCCAGGAAGUUGAUCUAGAGAUAGGAACCAGGGAGGACUUGCUGCCUAGAAAACUUGUCAUGCAAAAACUCGUUGAAGACUUACCCCAAACCAUUGGCUGGCUUGUUUUAAAGUAUUGGGACAACGAAUCUUGUGCUCAUGUAUCAUAGUAAAUUUCUAGGUUAUGUUUUGGUGUGCUUUAA